AUGGCGGAUUCCCGAUUUGAAGGGGAGUGGGAGGGACAGCAGUUUAGGGAACUGCCCAUGGUCCAAGAAGGGGAACCUGUGCUGACCUUCCGGGGGCCCAAGAUGCGCAGGGGGGAGUGUGUCCUCUCAGAUUCAGAGGACAUGAAAGUCAGAUACCUGGUGCGCUACCAAAGGGAGGGGUUCAGUCCUCCAAGGGGGGGAUGGGUGGCUCCCGUGGCAGAGGUUGAGGCUGAGGUGGAGCCCGCACCUGAGGUCGAGGAAGAGGCAAAGAUGGAGCAUGGGGACGAGGGGGAGGCUGAGUCUGAGGUGGAGGUCGAGGCUCACCCUGGCGGCCCAGAGGCCGGGCCUAGCGACAGCCGCAGCCCCAGCCCCAAACGCAGCCGCAGGAACCCGAGACCCAGCCCAAGCCAACACCUCAGCCGCAGCAGCAGCCGCAGCAGCAGCCGCAGCAGCCGCCUCAGUAGCCGCCGCAGUAGCAGCAACAGCAGCACCAUCAGCCUCGUGGGGGACGACGAUUUGAAUCCCAGCGAGGACGACUUUACCAGCUCCCGUUCUAGCCCCGGAAGUGCCCACUCCAGUGCCCACCUGCUGGGUCAGCAGCACUCAAACCCCAGAAUGGAGCUCUGCAAAGAGCAGCUCAGCUCCAUUGUUGUAAUCGGGGGGUGGGAAUAUGAGUGGGUGCCCCAGAGUCGUCUGCUCCGUUACUCUGCUAUCCAUAUGCAGCUGGACAGUGAUACCGCUCUCCAGAUGGCAGCUAAGAGGGAACAACGGGAGGACUGUCCCGUGACGUCGUCGGGGGGCAGCACCUGCGGGGCCAUGGCUGAGCAUCCACCACCCCAGAAGAAGAGCCGCAGAAGGAAAAGCCGGGGGAGGGGGAGGUCCCGCUUUCAAAGGCGCAAGUUUCGGAGAGGGAGGAGGGCUGCUGGGGAUUUCCAGCAAGAGUUCCAGGUCUACCUACCUAAGGUCUUGAAGCCCCUGCUCGUUCAAGACUGGGAGCUGGUGACCUUGGGGAAAAAGCUCUUUACCCUUCCAGCUAGAAAGACUGUUGAUGCCAUCCUGACUGAGUACGCUUCCUUCCACGAAAACUCUGGGACUGCCGCCAGGAAGCACGCAGUCAAUGAGCUGAUGGCCGUGAUCAAGGAGUACUUUGAUCUGGUGCUGGGGACCCAGCUCCUCUACAAUUUCGAGAGGCCACAGUAUGCGGAGAUCCUGAUUAGCCAACCCACUGCCCAAAUGUCCCAGGUGUAUGGAGGUGCCCACCUGCUGCGCCUCUUCCCGCAGUUGAGUUCCAUGCUGUCCUGUACUUCACUAGGUGAGAGGAGUCUCAGUGUGUUGCUGACCCAUUUGCAUGAUUUCCUGGAAUAUCUGGAAAACGAUCCUUUUCUGUUGUGUAUUGAUCCCAUUGAUUACCAGCUGGCUUCUGCUGAGUACCAGCAAGCAGCUGGGUAG